AUGUUCGCCGAGGGGCCGAGCGCCAUAGAGCCGCGCUCGCCAAGCGCUUAUACGUCCAACGCCUCCAGCAUGCUACUGCUGCAAACACACAGCAACUACGGUUCGUCCUUCAGUGAUCUACUAUCGCCGCAAUAUCAAGACGAUUCAUCUGAAAUCUUAGAAGAAAACCUAGAUCCGUUUCCGGACGUUGAAUUCCACGCCCCAGUUCCGCCUGAAGUAAAGUCACAACGAACAACUCCUGUAAGUGACCCUUCAUCGCCUACGCUUGGACCAACUUUACCGAGUUUUGAAGAAACUUACUCGGUCCGUUAUCCUAAGCAAGAAUUGAGUGAAUUUGGCAUAAAAAUGGAUGAGGACUGUUAUAACGUUGGCGCAUAUUCUCAUCAGGGACACACAUCUACUCAACUUUUAUAUCCUUAUCAUCAAACUUCGAUUCCAUAUGUACCAUCGACUUACUAUGCUCCACCUCAACCAUGUAGUCCUACAUUUGACACUGGAGGUCUAACCCACAAUCAAGACUCAUCAUAUUCGCUGCCGCCUUUUCCAAGUUCAGUUGAUUUACAUAUAAAUACAGAUCAAAGUUCAAGACAAAGAAGAGCUUCUUUACCUGUUCAACGAUCAGAGUCUAGCAGUUCUAACGAUAGUCCGAAAUUACAUGGAGGAAGAGUUCAUUGCAUGCAGGCAUCUGCACCCAGCUCUGCGUCAAGCUCACCCGGUGGUGCACCUUCCGAGACUACUGGAUCCCGCGCUGCACCUUCAUCUCCAAGUCAACUAUGUGCUGUUUGUGGAGACACUGCUGCAUGCCAACAUUAUGGAGUUAGAACAUGUGAAGGUUGCAAAGGAUUCUUCAAGCGAACUGUACAAAAAGGUUCCAAGUAUGUAUGUUUAGCAGAGAAAUCUUGCCCGGUAGACAAAAGAAGACGAAACAGAUGUCAGUUUUGUCGUUUUCAAAAAUGUCUUGCCGUCGGAAUGGUAAAAGAAGUCGUUAGAACUGAUUCUCUUAAAGGUAGACGCGGGAGACUACCUUCAAAACCGAAAUGUCCACAGGAAUCUCCACCGAGUCCUCCUAUAUCUAUGAUCACUGCGUUAGUAAGAGCGCACGUAGAUACAUCACCUGAUUUUGCUAAUCUGGAUUACUCGCAAUAUAGAGAGCCUAAUCCUAUGGAACCACCAAUGUCAGACUUAGAAGUUAUUCAACAAUUUUACUCUCUUCUGACGACGUCAAUCGACAUGAUUAAAUUGUUCGCCGAAAAAGUACCUGGAUUUUCAGACCUAUGCCCUGAAGAUCGGGAACAGUUAUUCGCAUCCGCACGGUUGGAACUUUUUGUACUGAGGCUCGCUUACCGUACAAGGCCUGAAGAUACUAAGCUCACCUUCUGCAACGGUUUAGUGCUUGACAAGAGGCAAUGUCAAAGAUCUUUUGGAGAUUGGUUACACGCCGUGCUCGACUUCAGCAACACAUUGCACUCGAUGGAUAUCGACAUUUCAACAUUCGCCUGUCUCUGCGCUCUGACAUUAAUAACAGAGCGACAUGGACUCAAAGAACCGCAUCGAGUGGAACAGAUGCAGAUGAAGAUUAUUGGGUGCUUGCGUGCGCAUAUGCCAGGCGGCGGCGUGGGCGGCGCACCGCACUUCAGCCGCGUACUGGGGGCUCUACCUGAGCUUCGCUCGCUGUCCGUGCAGGGACUGCAACGUAUCUUCUAUCUCAAGCUCGAGGAUCUUGUACCGGCACCACCCCUCAUCGAAAACAUGUUCCGCGCCAGCCUUCCUUUCUAAAAUAACCCAACCCGAGGACCACCCCCGCCUUCUUAUGCAUUCUCCUUCGAUGUUUAGAGCCGACUCCGUUAUUUAUAAGUGUUAGAUAUAUGUAAAAUAUUUUUAUAGACUAGUUGGACUUUCUGAAGAAUGCGAUCUCCCACGGAAUCGGUUAGUGCUAAGUAUAAUUUUAUUAAUAUUAAGAAGAAGACAAUCUUAUUGCAUAAGUCCUAUUACAAACUUAAUUUAUUAUAAAAGUCUAAGUAUUUGACUUAUUUUGGUGUGAUUUCGUUUUAUAGAUACCUAAUGUUGUGUAUUUAGUCUGCAUUUGAGUUACCGCUCGUGAUUAAUGGCAUCUUGUCGUACAAAUAUUCCUAUGUUAUUUACUUGUGUAUUAUUUAGUUAAGGAAAAUCUAGUCACAAGACUUAGAAAUGUUAAAUUUGGCUCGUAAUCACCGAGCUUUUAUUAAUAAAUUUAAGAAGAUAAGGCAUAUGAUGUCCUGCCGUGGGCACUUCUAGCAGGCUAACGGAAACUAGCGUUAUUACACAACUGAGGCACUACUCGAGUACUUACAAUGCAAGUGUCCAAACAUUAUGAUUGUUGGAAGUUACCUUUAGGUUUAAAUUAUUUUAUAAAUAAUUUUAGACGCUAGGACGUUAAUAUAAUGUGUUACGAUAAGGCAAGAGAAAAGGUUCAGCAUAACUAUUUUUUAAAUAUACUACUAAAUCCAACGUGUCUUAAAAGAGUACCUUUCUAGAUAUAAUUAGUGUAGAUGCGUAUGUAUCUCUAUUCACUCACGUACAUAUCAUAUAUGUACUGAGUGAACACUAAAAACAUAUCACUGUUCUUAAUUUUUUUUUUUGCUCAUAAAAUAUUUUAAUAUAAUGUCCCUUGAGCAUAUUUAUUAUUAAAAGUACUGAAAUGUAGUGUUUGUGUUUGCCUGUGCCCUUAACACAUUGGUAAGGAAUAUCGUUUUAAACGAUAUUAACGAGUUCUACUCAUAACGUUAAAGCGUUACUAAAUUGUACAUAAAGAAAAUAUUUUGUAAGUCAAUAUCUUAACGAUGACAUUUGAAUAUAGGUGCUUUGGUGAAAAAGAUGGGUUUUUGAAACCUUUCGUAUUUUACAAAAAGACAUGGCAAAAACUUCCUAGACGAAUUUAG